AUGUCGGCCAUCGUGCACCAGGGCGUCUCAUAUAGGAUGAACCAGAAGGAAAGUGGCGGCAAGCACACUGCUUCAGUUUACCGCGGGGUGUUCUUUCCGUUAUCACAACUUCUUCUACUUGCCAUCUUUGCGACGGUCGUUUCUCCGGCAGCGGCAUCCGCGAGUCCAAAACUUACGGGGAGUCAAAUGCAUCGCACCAUUGAGAAGGUUAUCGAGCACCACUCAUUCACUCCACCACUGCUCCGUAACUACUACGGGGGCGAGGGUUUAGAGCACUGGUUUGUUGGCGGUACCGCUGUUGUUACCGAUGAUCACGUUCGUCUCACUGGAAACUACAGAGAUCAGGAAGGAUACAUGUGGAACAGAGAGGCCCUCGAUAUGCCCUCUUUUGAAAUUAUUGUUGGAUUUCACUUACAUGGCACGGCACGUUACCCAGCGGACGGUUUCGCCAUUUGGCUAACGUCAUCUCCUCAGAAUGCCACCGGCCCGCUGAUGGGGCACCCAAUGGAUUUUCAAGGUGUUGGAGUAGUGUUCGAUACUUUCGACAAUGAUGGGGCUGGCAACAACCCAGCGGUAUAUGUCCUUUAUAACGCCGAGGGAAGUGAGAACCGGGAGUACACCACAUCAAAUGACUUCAAGAAUGAGCACGUGGGGAGUUGUGAGUACGCUUUCCGUCAGACAUCGGCCAAAUUCUCUACAGCGCGCCUGCAGUAUAAAAAUGAAACCCUUCGCGUGUAUCUAUCAAAUUCUGCGGAGGAAGAUGAGACGCUGUGUACCUCUGUUUCAGUGCAGCUGAAAACAGACAGCAAGGAUUAUUAUAUUGGGAUCACUGCGGCUACGGGAGGUUAUUCCGAUAACCAUGAUAUUGCUUUUGUGCACACCAUGCCGAUUGAAGGUGAGAAAUACGAUCACGACGUAUACUCAAGGACAACUCCGGUAGAGGAGUCGGCGAAUCAUCACGAAGCCGUGACAGAGGAGAACGUUGCUAAGAACGACGAGACCAACAAAAACCAAACUCAUGAGCAGGAAAAUGCAACCUCUGCAGAGUCAGCCAACGAAGGAGAAAAGCCACUUCAUGAGGAAAAAGUUGAGCAACAUGACGCAGAAAAGCAGGAAAAGGAGCACAAGGAAGAAGAGAAGCAAAAUGCAGACAAGCAUCAUGAAGAGGGAAAGCGGGACGAAGAGGAGCACCAACAGGCGGAGGAGCGCGAAGAAGACAAGCAGGAAGGGAGGCGCCAAUCACCGAACCCCCGUCGUAAGCAUAGGUCUGAGGAUCAGGAGGAAGAAAACCACAAAGGAAAGAGGACUUCAGAGUCGAAGAAGCGUUCCGCAGAGUCAACAAAUGAUGAAAAAGAGGUGUCCGGCACAGAUGAAGAAGAAGCUGCGGAAUUGCGACACGAGUCUAAUCGUGCAAAGGGCCGCCGCGCCUCCGAUCGCAGGAGCCGCCGCUCGAGGGAUGUGGACCGCGACCGAGAAGAGGAUGAGGCUACCGCGGACGAAGACGAGUCGGAAGACGAGUAUCAGGAGGGAGAAGAGGAGGAAAGGGAAGAUGUUGUACGGCGUCGCAAAGCUAAUCGUCAACGUUCAGCUUCCUCCAAGAGGAACCGCAAGCGCCGCUCGAGAGAUCGUCGUGACUAG